UAUUUAUAUGUCAUAAUAAAUUUGGGGUAAUCCAUAAGGUUGGGAUGCUGCAGAAUGGUAAUCUGAUGCAACUUGGGCUGAUAGAUUUAUGUAUAUAGAUCCUUACUUCUGGAGGUAAUAAUUAAUUUUUAUUUUUAAAUCUUAGUUAUUUUGGUGUAGCUUUGGCUUUGGCAACAUCUAUUAUAGGAGCAUCAUGGGGUAUAUUUGUUACUGGUGUAUCAUUAUUGGGCUCAACUGUCAAAGCACCACGUAUUAGAUCUAAGAAUUUAAUUUCUGUCAUUUUUUGUGAAGCUGUUGCUAUUUAUGGUGUCAUUAUGGCCAUCAUUAUGAUUGGCAAAAUUGGACCUAUUGAAGAUAUUCCAACAGACUAAAAUGGAAUUAAUUUAUGUUAUACAUAUGCACUUUAUUGUGGCUAUUCUUUAUUUUGGACAGGUGUUUCUGUAGGAUUAUCUAACUUAAUUUGUGGGUAAAAUUUAUUAUUAUAUUCUAUAGUAUUGCUGUUGGAGUUACUGGUUCUGGUUGUGCUAUUUCUGAUGCUUAAACUCCAGAAACCUUUGUUAAAAUUCUAGUCGUGGAAAUUUUUGGAUCAGCCCUAGGAUUAUUUGGAGUCAUUGUAGGAAUUAUUCAAUGUUCAGGAGCUACUUUUCCUAAAGUUUGUCCCACAUCUUGAAUUGCAUAUUCAAAUUACAUAUAAAUAUA